AUGCCUCACGCCGUGUCGAUGCCCGCCACGGGCCUCAAAGCUCUCAUCCUAUGUGGCCCUGGGUCCUCUUUCCCAACGUUCACCGCGAACCCAGACGAGAACCCCAAGGCUCUGUUGCCCAUCGCAAAUCGGCCAAUGGUCUGGUACCCUUUGGACUUCUGCUAUCGGACCGGCAUCACAGACAUCACCCUCAUCUGCCCGCCUUCAGCCGCAGAAGCCAUCACCACGGCCCUGAACACUAACCCUUUCCUUACUGGCCUGCCGCACCCGCGCCCGGACCUUCUGGCACCACGGGACCUGGACCAAAAUACGGGCACUGCUGAAAUUCUCCGCUUACCAGAGGUUCGAGAGAUCGUCAGCUCUAACUUUGUAGUGCUCCCUUGCGACCUUAUUUGCGAGUUGGGGGGCGACAAGCUCUUGCAGGCAUGGAUGGUCAAGGCAGCAAGCCUCCCCGAUCUCCUUGGCGAUGGCGCACCUCCGCACUCUAAUGGUGGAUUGAGUGUCUGGUACGAGACAAAGGCUGCGAACCCCGUCAAGGGUGAAGAAACAGAUUUCGUUGCAACUACCCCCAUGCCCCAGUCUAUGGUACCUACAUCGAAAGAUUCCUUGCUGCAGAACCUGUCACAUCUAGCCUAUUCAAUGCCCACGGAUUCGCUCAAUGACCUGAUUGAGGCGAAGAAGAGUUUCCCCAUACGCCAUGGUCUACUACGCAAACACCCCAGGCUAAAGAUGCGGACGACGUAUCGCGACGCCCAUAUCUAUAUUUUGCCCAAGUGGAUAAUGGACUUUGUCCAAGAGAACGACCGCCUAGAGACCAUCGGUGAGGACGUCAUUGGGUGGUGGGCGAAAGCUACCUGGCAGACAGGGCUUGGUGAGAAGCUGGGCAUGAUGAAGGUUCUCGAGGGACGGGCUGAUACAUCCAGAAAGGGUGGAGAUGCUGAAGACGACAACUCCUCACCUGAGGGUGGAAGGCUAAGCUCGCCCUCCAGAUCUCCAGGACGAUACGACAGUUCUCCACCUGCAGAUUCGCACAAACGACAAAGUGACGGACUGAUAGCCAAGCCAGCUACUACCAUAGUACCACCGAUUUUGGCUUACAUCCACCCACCCCAGCCAGAUGCGCCACUCCUCCGCCGGGUCGACACAGCACCACUCCUCCUUGCUAUAUCGCUUCAGUUGGCCAAACUGCCGUCCAUCGAGGAGACAGGGCCAGAAGCAGCCUCUCCCUUUGCACAUACCAGAAAGGUCGCCUAUCCGGAUGGGGUAAAGCCCCGAACGACAAUCACCAGACCGGAUUGCCUAAUUGCGGAUAACGUCAUGGUGGACGAGAAGACAUCGAUCAAGGAGAGCGUCGUUGGGGCCAACUGCCAGAUCAAAGAGGGUGCCAAGCUGUUCCAAUGCCUACUGAUGGAUGGUGUGGUGGUUGGCAAGGGUUGCAAGCUGACUCGUUGCAUUCUGGGCAAGAGGAGUGAGGUGGGCGAAGGCUCAACGCUCACAAACUGUGAGGUGCAGGAGAACCUCUUGGUGGAACCCAGAACUGAGGACAAGGAUAACAAGCUUAUGAGCUCUUCAGGCAUGGAGGCCAGUGAGCAGGAGAUACAAGACUUUGAUGACGGCAGCUUAGAGGACGCGGGCGAUAGUGUCUUGCUGGGUUAG